AUGCCAGACUUUCUCAAAGGACUCCUGGGAAUUGGAACCAUGUUUUUAAAAUCGGCUUGUGAUGAGUAUGGGUUCAACGUUGGACCAUUUAAUAAAUGUAUCGAGAAGACCAAUUUUGAGCUAACAACUAUCAAAAACACUACAACCGCCGACCAAAAAUGCAAACUGUUGGGAGACGAGUAUUCCAAACUUUCUGAUUUCGUUGAGACGGAAUGCGGAAACGAAGCUGUUGAUAACAUGUGGAAGUAUUAA